AGAGGUCGCGGUCGUCAGGGCCAAAUCCGCAGGCGGGGAAGACGUUGGUUGACCGGGACACGAAAACCCGGAACGUAGAUACGAGAGCGCAAGAAGUGUUGCUGUCAACGAGAAAGAGUGAGGUCUAACGGACUGGGAUAUAAGAUGCCUUCAGUUCUAGCAGAAAAGGAGGAGAAGGCGUGCGGAAUGCGAAUGAAGGACACUGACUGCGGCACCACGAAGAGGAAGGGAAGCAAAGCUGCACCUUUUUUCUGUUGGAACUGCACAAAGGUGCGGGGCUGUCACUGGAGAGAGAGUUCAAGCGUGUCCAGCAGCAGCAGCGGCGGCGGCGGCAGAGCAAUGGAGCGUCAGAAAGAUAUCGCGUUGGAGUUGGAGUUGGAGUUGGCAACUUCGAGUAGCGAGUGGAUGAACAGGAAGAGUCCACAAGAGACUGACUACGGACUACUCACUCUACUUAUUACUGACUUGCAACUUGGGGCAAGGAAAUAA